AUUAACCUCGCCAACAAGCGAAGAAUAUCUCGCUAUGACCAAAUUUCUUCGAGUAGAAACUGGAUGCUUGACUUGUCGUGCCCGUCGUGUCAAAUGCGACGAGGAACGUCCCAUCUGGCGGAACUGUGCCAAGGGUCCUCGUACCUGUCGUUACAAAUUCAAUCCUCUUGAUGGGUCCCCAUCAACUGGUGCCCGAAACCAUGACCCUGUACCGGUGACUCCACGGGAAUUCUAUCCAGACGUGGUUACAUCGGAUGAGCAUCUAGCCCUAUCACCCCGGCUCCCAGAACACACAGCUCUACAACCUCCACCGCAACCCUCCCCACAUCCUGUUGCCAACCUAACUACUAUACUUCGAAAUGCAAAGUCGCGAGAGCUUUCACAUUCCCCACUUCGUGAGACACACGACAUCUAUAGCUCUCCUACAUCGACGCGUCUGUCGGCUUCAUUAGGACCAGCUGGUGACAGUGAGUCUAUACCCACUCCUUUUCGCGUGUCAGAUCCUCUUCGGCUUUCCGACGUUGAGCUCUUGCUCUUCCGUAAUUACGUCGACAAAAUAUCAAAAUGGGUCGAUUCCUUCUCUCAUGACCAGCCAUUCUACUGCCAGGUACCAGUCAUGGCUCUGCACUGUCCCAUGCUGCUCCACUCUUGCCUUGCCGCCUCCGCAAAGCAAUUGAGCAGAGUACCACCUCACGGUAACACCUCCCUGCAGGAGAAAUACUCCUUCUAUUACCAGCAAGCCCUCCGGGAGAUGGGCUCCUUUCUAGUCGAACCUCACUACUCAAGCAGUGAUGAACUCCUCGCCUCCAGCAUAAUUCUAUCCACAUACGAGAUCAUCGACGUAGCCAGCGAGAGCUUCGGCUCUCACCUCAAAGGCAUCGCCAGCCUAAUCCAAUCCCACGGCAUCCACGGAGACGAAACCGGUAUCCGAGGCGCAACCUACUGGACCUGGUACCGACAUGAAGUCUGGGCCGCAUUCCAAAGCCGCCGCCGCAUGUUCCUCGAUGAAAAUUACUGGCAACCCCGACCCCUCGCCAGCUUCGCCCAUAUCUCGAUGCGUGAAAUUGCAAACCGCAUUCUAUUCAUCUUCGGCCAAUGCAUCACACACUCUGUUCUCAGAUCCGAAACCAACCACUCCCACAACCGCCUCCAUGCACAGACUACUACUACUACUAUAUCACCCUCCGAACUCGACCAAGCCCUAGAAGACUGGAAAGAAAAACUCCCCCCAUCCAUGAUGCCUUUCUGCUCCCGGGAACCAAAAACCCCGGCAACCGAUACACGCGAGCGCGACCUAUCUUUCAUGUUCCCUUUUGUCUGGUUCGCGUACCCCGAAAGCGCUAUCUCCCAUCAACUAUACCACGCCUCCAAGAUAUUACUUUCCCUACACGGUCCCUGCGCUUCAGCCACUGAUCCCCUCAAGGCACGCCGCGAGCUAGAUAAUUCGAGAAAGGAGGUCCUCAUAAUAGCUAACUCGGGUAUCAACGAAGCAUGGGGUCUCAUCUCCACCCAGUGUUUGUAUAUUGCUGGCUUGGUUACAGAAGGUAUUUUGGAAAGACAACGCACGAUUGAGCUCAUUGAAGCAUAUCAGACAAAGACAGGACGACAUACCACCUGUAUCUCGGAUCAGUUGCGCAAGUUUUGGGCUAAAUGAGCUUGAUAUAGAGCCUUGGCUAGGUUCGUCAAAAAGUGAAUAGAAUAUCCGGUAAUUGGCCAGCGUAGAUCAACUAAGAACUGGUAAGGUUCGGUUCAGCUUAUACUUGGUCUGCGUGUGCCAUUCCUUACGUCUUGGUCUUCGCUUCAUGUCCAUAGAUGUCCAGGUUGAUUUAGAUACGGAACUACAGAGUUAUGGGACCGAUAACUAACAAAAAAAAAU